AUGGAGGUAGCAGGAGGCUGGAAGUCACAGAUGCUAUUGUUGCUAUUUCUCUGUCUUACAGCAUUGCAAGAGCCCUUGGAAGAGAAGGAGGAGUGCAUUGUAGAGGGGCAAAACCUAACUUUUGGAUGUGCCUACAACUAUGGGAAAUAUUUCAAUGACAUAAAAGCCUGGCAGAGAUUAGGAGCUAGUGGUCAUUUUGAGACCCUAGUCCAAACGAUGAACAAGAACGGAGAGCCCAGCUGCAUCCAGGUUGGCAGAUAUUUGCUAGAUGACAAUCCUCCUGAUGCCAUGCUGAAAGUCACAAUAAUGGGACUCCAGAGGCAAGAUGCUGGAUUAUACCAGUGUGUGAUCUAUCGCCCACCCCGGGUCAUUGACACCCUGUACCGCCCCAUCAGACUGAGAACAUGCAAUGGUGAGUAG